GAAGAGCGGGGGGAAAAAAAAGUCAAGGCACACAAUGUGUGACAGUCACUGCCAUACACAGGGCUGGGGAGAGAGAGGGAGAGGGAGCAUCCCUUCUGCUGGUGGGAAAUCACCAUCAAUGCUGUAAGCCAUUCCGUGCUGAAAAUGCCGUCAUCCCUCUGAUACUGCCCUGCCCCUUAACGACCACCUCUGCCUGUCUGGAGCAGGCCUGAAAGGUCCCAAUGGUAGCACGGAUGUCCCGCUCUCGUCCCGUCCCAAACCGGGCCUGCUAGAGUCUGUGGCAGCACCAAAGCGCUGGUUCUGCCUGGCGCAGUACUGACAGGCUGGGUUUACCAGAAUGAAGCUCCUCCGGCACUGAUUGAACCUCAGCGGGAGAGGAAAGUCGCUGAACGCAGAGGAUGGUGCGGGAGCUGCUGCAGGUCCCCUGCCGUUGAACUACGUGAGCAGAGAACUAGAUGGUACUGAACCUACGCUUGAGAGUCAGCAUCCACAAUGAUGAACUUGGACCAUUCAGACUUCAAAGAAUACAUAAUGUAUAUUGCUGGAAUGUGAUGAUUUCUAUCUGAAGAAAGAAAGAGUCCAGGAUGCUACCUCUCAAGAGUUCCUUGUGAGAAAUGGAUGGAUCAGGUCCCAUGUUGAACCUUGUGAGCAACCGUUCUUUGCACAAUAUCUCAUCUGGCCUGUUGGGGCCCAAACCCACAAGUCCUGGCGUACAGCCGGGCGUUUUCACACAGUCCCAGAUCAAGGACCUGGUGGGGAUGUUCUUUAUGGUGAGCCUCAAUGCAGUGGCCCUCCUGGCCAAUACGGCAGUGAUGGUGGCCAUUGUAAAGGCCCCACACCUAAGGAAGUUUGCUUUUGUGUGCCACCUGUGUGUGGUGGACCUGCUGUGUGCCGUGCUGCUGAUGCCCCUGGCCAUGGUAACAGGCUCUCCCUUCUUCAGUGCUGUGGUGUUCACCGUGCUGGAGUGCCAGGUCUACAUCUUCCUCACCGUCUUCCUCAUCUGCGCUUCCAUCCUCACCAUCAUGGCCAUCAGCGUGGAGAGAUACUACUAUAUUGUGCACCCCAUGAGGUAUGAGGUCAAGAUGACGCUCAACCUGGCCAUUGCCGUGGUGAUCUUCAUAUGGGUCAAGUCCAUCCUGCUGGCUCUGGUGACCCUGUUUGGCUGGCCACCAUAUGGGAACCAGAGCUCGAUCAGUGCAGCCCACUGUUCCUUGCACUGGAGCCACAGUAACCUCCGGAAGUCCUUUGCUGUCCUCUUCAGCGUGGUGUGCUUUCUGGUUCCGUCCCUUGUGAUCUUUGUGGUUUACUGCAACGUCUACAAGGUGGCCCGGAUGGCGGCCAGACAGCACAUCCCUGUGCCUACCUGGACCACGAGCCCCAAGCACCGCUCGGACUCCAUCAACAGCCAGACUACCAUCAUCACCACCCGGACCCUGCCCCAGAGGAUGUCCCCGGAGAGGAUCUUUGGAGGCGGGAAAGCGGCCCUCACCCUUAUCCUCAUUGUAGGCCAGUUCCUGUUGUGCUGGCUGCCUUACUUUUCCUUUCACCUGCACCUUUCGCUUGGGGAUUCACCCCAGAGCCCUGGAGACUUGGAGGAGGUGGUCACCUGGCUGGCCUACUCCUCUUUUGCCGUCAACCCGUUUUUCUACGGGCUCCUGAACCGACAGAUCCGCGAGGAGCUUUGCAAGCUGAGGAGGUGCUACUCCACCCGGCCCCAGGAGCUGGGAAACUCCAGCCAUGAGGGCUCCAUCCAGGAAAACUUCCUCCAGUUCCUGCAGCGAACAAGCUGCACGGCAGAGACCCGCUCCAGCUGUGUCCAGUCCAGCCCCAGGAACACUCUGGACCAGGGCGUCCGCAUUCCCGGGCAGAUCCCAGAGGAGUUCAGUUAGCCCUCCUCAAGCACCGUGUCUUACUGAAAGCCUCAUGGCUUCAAGGUGCCAGUCAAUUCUUAUUCUGCAUGCAGCAUUAUCCUUCUAUACAGGGUGCAAUACAUUGCCAUUUAUAUUGUAUCAGUAGAGUUUGUGUCUUAUCACUGAAGCAACAAUGGCAACAUUCCACCGGAUGGAUACUAUGAAGUUUACAUGCAUUACAUCUGUUAGUAUUCCAUUACCCCUGCCAUCAUUCAGCACGUGCUCUUGGAAAAGACACAUGAGCAAUUGAAGAUUUGAUGUAACCAAUAUGGAUCUCUGGCUAUUGCUGAUAUAAUGAAACAAUUACUAGAAUGUAACACAUAUUAACACUUUUUUGUUCAUGUUCAUAUUCCAGAGGAUAUGAGAAUACAGUGAGGGGGAAUUGUAUAACAAUUCAUGUUCAAAUGACAUUUUCAAUUAAAUCAUAUAAUUAGAUUUGUAUCUUCAUCCAAUCCUGUUGUCUUCAAUUAGUGUGAUUAGAUUGAAUGCUGAGUGUGAAGUAUUGUGCAGAUGAAAAGCAUACGUAUUUCUGCAUUCCCUGAGGGUGGGUCACAGAGGCAAGGAAAAAUUCUACUGAACAAAUUGGGCCAUAAUGUGGAAAGGAGAAAGACUUGGACUAAAUAGAAUAGCAUAAUGGUCACAGAUUCAAUUUAAUAAAACUGAAUUAAAAAAAUUAUUAUCUUACCAGUAAUAACAAUAACAAAACUGUUGAUACUGCUACUAUUAAUACUACUACUACCAUUAUUAUUAUUAUUAUUAUUAUUAUUAUUAUUGUGUUGCAGUUCAAAUUGUCAUUGUUCAAAGAUGAAAAAGAUAUCUAUAAUUAAAAUUUGUAGAUACAAAGUACGUAAUACUAAAACUUGUGGACAGAUAUUUCUGAACAACUCGAGCAUGUAUUAUAAUAUCAAAUCCCUUGACACAGAUAUUUUAAGAUGAAAAUUAAAAUUAUUUUGAACAGCAGAACUAGAUGUGUAUUUUCUCACUUUUUAGGAGUUUUUGCUACCAUUUGUCAGAAAAUGUUCUUUGUUAUUAAACUAUAUACAAUACGAGGAAAUACUGAAUUUGGCACUGGGACAGACGUUCUUCGAAAAAUAUGUUUCUCAUGUUUGCACUUUUUUGCACAUUUGUUUAAAUGUAUACAAGUCUGAAACGUAUAAUUGAAAUGUAUUAUUGUUUAUAAAUGUUUUAUAUUUAACGAACCUGAAUGAUUGAACAAGUACCUGAAGAUAAUGCAAGCAAUGUCUAUCCAACAUAGUGCCAGCUUGUAUGUUUUGUUUUCCAAUAAAGAAAUUCAAAUUACUUUGAAAACAGACCUACUGUUUUUUAAAUUUCACAUCAGUAUCACUAGCCCCUAAUCCCCCAGCAAGACCCAUUUCUCUAUUGUGACUGAGCUGGUCUUUUGACUUUUUAAUAGGCUUGGAAGUAUAAUUCCACAUGGACUUACUCAUAGUCAUUCUGAAUAGCCUCGGAAAAGCCCCAUGGGAGUUUUGCUGCUUCUACACUAAACCAGACCAGUUGAGAGAUCAUUGCUGAAAUAUCACCUGAAAUUAUCUGUUGAAACUGUUCCAUUGGCAAAUGAAUGUCCAUACAGAUAAAACGUCAUCCAAAAUAAGGUUGCUAUACCCUCAAACAUCUGGCAAAUAUGCACUGUGUUGUAUGUAUGUAUGUGUAUAUAUAUUCAAAUCUGAAUGAAUGUUAGCAUAUUCCUCUUUAUGCCAGGAGGUGUUGGUUGAUAUUGUCAUGGAAAUGCUAUUAGACAGAAACACGCAGGCUACUUGCAUAGCAACAAGGUGCCUUUCUCUUGGAUCUUUGAUUUGCGAGACUGAACCUCUGACAUGUCUGGUUUUAAUGCAUCACUAAUAAUCCCUGAGUCAUUAGCAUAUUAAUUAUGGUAUUCCCAUCUGUGAGCACAGUAGUGACAGGCCGUACAGCAGACGUCUUCUGUGUCGUGAUGCAGAUUAGCAUGAUGAUGUACUGUAUAUUCAGUGAAAACCCAUGAAGCUGAAAGGGCACAUAGAUGCAGAUUUCCUUCAUGAUUUAUAUCCAUCUGUCUGUUCUCUUGGGAUAUUUCUUAUCUAUGUGAGAGAUGACAUCAUUGAUUGAUUCACACAGAUCAGCUGCACCAAAUGGUAAAGGCUUCAAAGGACACAUUUCUGGCAGUGGGUGGUUCAUCUUUCCUGCCAAACCUUUUCUCAUUGAUGCGGUUCUGCACCCAAUGGCGUGGAAUCAUAUCUGACCCAUGCAUCUCUGGGGCUUCAGCUAACCUGAAUCAGAAGUAAUAAGUAAUAGGUUACAAAUGGAAUUUCAAGGCUGUCUUAUUUUGUUAAAAUAUUCAAUUAAUUUUAUUAUCAUCUUCUGGACAGAAUUUACAUUUUUAAAUGCAAUUCUGACUAUCCUUGGGAAGCGAUAGAAGGCUUAUUUUCAAGGCACCAGGACUUUACAAAACACCCAUGAUUGGGUUAUAGACUUUGUGUGUGUUUGGUUAGUCCAG